AGUGUCUUAGCCUUGGUUUGCACGUAAUUAUCAAUAUUGUUGAUCUUUGAUGAGAAUUUCGUAUUCGCUGUUCCUAAUCCAAAGCAUUUUAAAAGAUGCUGACCAAAGUCCUGGUGUUGAUUUAAAAAUAAUGUAUGAUAUUGGAUGUGUAUUAUCAUCACAUUUAAAGGCAAACAAGAGGCAUGACAUUUUGUCAAAAGUGUCAAUUUCGGUGCCGAUAUUUCAUUGUUAUGGACACAAGGCUUCAUGCCAGGUCAAGUUCAGUCCUAGAAGGCUCGAUGGUUUUGGUCUUACAGAUGGUGAGGCUAUUGAAAGGCUCUGGGCUUACCUUCGUGGGUUCUCAGCCAUUACUAAGGAGAUGUCUGCCAGUAGAAGAGUAGAUCUUUUGACAGACGCUCUUCUUCACUUAUCUCGAAGAAAUUUUAGCAAUGCAGGAAAAUCGUUAACGUCGAAGCUUAAAAAAUGUCUACAACUUAAAAUUAAAACGCAACAGGAAAUGAAGGAUUUAUUUAGCGAACUACCUGUGACGUACGAUCCUGAAAUUGUUUGUCAGUGGGAGGCCAGAGAGAAGGAAAUUAUGUCAAGAGUCUACCCAGAACAUAAAGAAAUCACGGAGAACUGGAAAGUGACGUACGUUCAAAAGCUACUGCAUUUUAAACAACUAAGUGCUACAUCAUUCGGAUGCUUUGAAGAAAACCAGGAGAUAACAGCUGAAGAUUACUCAAUUCAUCAGAUGUCGAAAAAACUAUACCAGUUUCGAAAGAUUUUAAAAGAUAUUGAACGAAAGCAUUCUGUAAAAGAAAGAUGGAAACCUGGUCAUCCUAAUUUUGACGUCGUCGCAUUGCAAGUCAUACAAAGAAAACGAAACGAUACUAUCGGAGCUUUACAUGGACUUUCCAUAGAAAGGCAUUUCUUAAUAACAUUGAAAAAGUAUGCAGAUGGUCAGAAAAUUGCCACUCGCUUGUCCAGGCAAAUCACCAAGAUCACGAACAAGAUGAAAUUAACAAUUGAGAAACACAAUGCUGCCAUUGAUUCUCUUCGUGAUUUUAUAAACAGUUUACCCGAUCGUCUGACAUUUGACAACGCGAAAGAUCCUACAUCAGACCUUUAUGAGGGAAUUGAGUCUG